GUGGCCUUUUCGAAGAGGAACAAACACCACCAAACAAUCUGACCGAACGAGAUGCCGCGAUGACCCUUUCGUCUCCGGCUCCUCUCGCCGUCGAAUUCUCUCCACUAUGAAGACGAGAUUGCAGCGGCUCCUGCCGCUUCUUUUCGCUCUCCUGUCGUUACUCCUAUCGCUCUCCUCGGCACAUGCAGACGCAAAUGGACCAAGACAUUCGCAGGAAACGCUGGGUGGAGAACAACAGCCGGCUGCUAGUUGGUGGGGAAGCUAUCACAAACCCGUAGGUUCCUCUUCACAAGCCUUCCAAGAGGCAACAAGACUGCUUCAGAAGGUACAGCCAGCGUCAACGCCAUGGUACAACUUCAACAAGAACAGUGGGGUCCUCGGACUGAGUGCCUACUACGCCAAAGAACUCUUCUUCAUCCUCUUCAUGAACGGGCAUCCUCAGCCCGAGAUCCUGACGACGAACCCGCAACCGAAGAAGAUAAGUCCGGUCUUGACACAGGCCGUCCAGCUAUUGGAGCAAGCAGCCGCGGACCAGCAUCCAGACGCCCUGUUCACCCUCGCCGAGAUGAACUUCUACGGCAACUUCACCUAUCCGAGAAACUACACCGAAGCUUUCCGGCGCUAUCACGAGCUGGCCGCUUUGAAUGGGAACGCUUCGGCUCAACACAUGGUCGGCUUCAUGUAUGCCACGGGUAUCGGCGGUGCAGUGAAGCAGGAUCAGGCGAAGGCUAUGCUCUACUACACGUUGGCUGCUGAGGGAGGAGACAUUCGAUCGGAGAUGGCAAUCGCAUAUCGCCACUCGUCUGGCAUCGCGACGCCCCGCAACUGCGAAGACGCCCUGCAUUAUUACCGGAAGGCAGCGACCAAGGUUAUGGAUUAUAUGCGCUCGGGACCUCCAGGAGGACACUCAAUGAUUCGGGAGUCGUAUCGCAUCGCCGAUGAGGAAGGGGGUGUCUAUGGCGAAGGUGCCAGUGUUAGCAGCUCUGGCCCGAACGCGAAAUCUAGUAACGUACACUCGGAUGCCUUCUCUUCCCUAGAUGACGUUGUGGAAUACAUGGAUCUUCAAGCAAGAAAAGGGGAUCCCCGAGCUAGUUUCAAUCUGGCGAAGCUGCAUUACGACGGCGCCAGGACCUCGAAGCGGGACUUCCCGGCAGCUAAGAAACGCUUUCUCGAACUUGCGCGCAUGUACUGGACCAAGGAAGGCAAGGUCCGGCAGAAUGUUGGGCCACUCACAGAGAAACUUGCAUCGAAAGCUGCAGGUUAUCUAGGACGCAUGUUCCUCCGAGGCGAAGGCGUGCCACAGAACUUUGCGAUUGCCCACACCUGGUUCAAGCGAGGGAUUUCCAAUGGAGACGCUCUGUCCCAGUACUCUCUCGGUCUGAUGUAUCUCUAUGGACUGGGCCUCCCACAAGACGCGGUGAAGGCAGCAGAUUACUUCGCCGCAGCCGCAGACCAAGAUCUCGCUGUAGCACAGGUCAGGCUGGGCGCUCUCUUCCUGGAUCAGGGGGACGUGGCCACGGCUAUCCAGUACUUUGAGAUUGCCGCUCGACAUGAUCACAUCGAAGCCUACUAUUUCCUCGCCGAGCUGACUCGCUUGGGAGUUGGUCGUGAUCGAUCAUGCCAUGUAGCUUCGGCUUAUUACAAGAUUGUGGCUGAGAAAGCCGAACUGGUGUCGACUUCCUUCCCGGAAGCGAAUGAUGCCUACAGCAGCGGUGACCUUGAGUCGGCUCUUGUGCGCUACAUGAUGGCUGCAGAGCAGGGCUUUGAAGUAGGUCAGGCCAACGUGGCAUUCAUGCUUGACCAAGCGAAACCACGAUGGACCUUGAGCUCACUGAUCCCAUUCGCUAAGAAGAAGGCCUCGCUGGCAUCGGAUGCCGUGCUAGCUUUGAUUUACUGGACUCGAUCAGCGGAGCAAAAAAACGUCGACUCAAUGGUCAAGCUGGGCGAUUACUACUUUGAUGGUAUUGGCACCUCCCCGGACAAGGAGAAAGCAGCAGCUUGUUACCAAGCUGCGGCCGAGACUCUGUCCAGUGCACAAGCCAUGUGGAACCUGGGUUGGAUGCAUGAGAAUGGGAUCGGCAUCGAGCAGGAUUUCCAUCUGGCAAAGAGACAUUACGACUUGGCACUUGAGACGAAUCCACGCGAGGCAUAUCUACCUGUUAUGUUGGCUCUCUACAAGCUCAGAUUCCGUAGUUGGUGGAACACUGUCACCAAUGGAAAGGUGAAGUCCAUUCAGGAGGAGCCAGUUGUGAAGAAGGACUGGACCCUUGCUGAGUGGCUAAAUGCCUUCCUUGAAGCCGAAAUCGCGGGCUGGGAUGACAUGGAGCCUGACGACUAUGACGAUCCCAUGCCUGGAGGUGACGACUAUUAUGGUGACGAUAUCGAUUCAGAUGUGCUUGAGUCAAUGGUCAUCCUCGCUUUGACAGGUGCACUAGCUUUCCUCCUCUAUUACCGCACGCAGCGGCAACGCCGACAGGAGGAGGAGAGGAGACGACAACAACAGCAAGGGCAACAGGGGCAAGCACAAGCACAAGCACAAGGUGCUCCACAGCAGCAGCAGGCACAGCCGCAACAGGCACAGGAAGAUAGAGGAUUGUUUCCUCGACCGGAUGAUCCAGAAUUCAUGAACUGGGCGGUCGGAGGAAUCGGCCAUUGAUGCAGAGUUGUAGAGUGGAGACCACGAUGUCUCCACUGGGUAUGCAUAGGACGGCGUUUUGAUUUACCUACGGUCUCUGAGACUAGGGGGCAAUAACAGGGACGAUUCUUGGUUACAGUUCUGAACGAGCGCGUAUAUCAUCGUCUUUCGUCGUUGAGCGCUCAGUGUAUACACAAUUGUACAAAGAUACCACUUGUUCUUUU